GCGUACAGCGGACAACGGGGGGAUUCCGGGCUCUCCUCGCGCCUCCCAGUGGGGCGGGGAAGCUGCCCGGACCUCCCCCGCAGCUCCGAGGUGUCCGGCCCCGCCUCCCUUUCCCCACAGCAAGAGCCCGGCUCCGCGGGGCGGGAGUGGUGGUGCUCAGACCCGCCUGGCUCCGGGGACUUGGGCUGCGGCUGGAGGGGCCGGCUCCGUGCGUGCCCGUGCGCAGGGAGGCUCCCGGGCCAUGCCGGCCGCGCUCAGCGCCCUCUGGCUGCCGCUGGCCGCCGCCUUCCUCGCCGCGCUGCUGCUGGAGCUGCUGCAGGCCCCACGCGGGGGGCCCCGACCCGGCCUCUUCCAGGACCUGCUCCGCUACGGGAAGACCAAGAGCGGCUGCGGGCAGCGCCCAGCCUGGCUGCGGCUUCUGGAUGUGCCCAAGAGGUGGUUUUCUCACUUCUAUAUUCUUUCUGUGGUCUGGAAUGGCUUGUUGCUCCUAUUGCUUAUUCAAGCUUUGUUCCUAGCAAGACCUUUCCCGAUAUGGCUUCGGGAUUUGCUCAGUGCUCUUGGUGGAGCUUCGCAGAACCAGGAUGUGGGUGACAAACACCUGUCUGCUCUCUUGGUUCUCAUGCUCCUCUGGCUACACAGCUUUCGAAGGCUCAUAGAGUGCCUCUGCAUCAGUGUCUUCUCCAGUGGUUUCCUUCAUAUCGUACAAUACUGCUUUGGGCUUGGGUACUAUAUUGUUGUUGGCUUAACUGUGCUGUGUCAAGUGCCGGCUAAUGUCAGCAAUGGGAAAAACCUCUUUAUGCAAAUCUGCUGGUACCACGCCCUAGGAAUUAUUAUGUACAUUUGGGCCUCAGUUCACCAACAUAGAUGCCAUGUGAUUCUAGCUAAUCUUAGAAAAAGUAAAUCAGGAAAGGUAGUAAACUUGAGCCACAGCAUUCCUUUUGGAGACUGGUUUGAGAGAGUAUCUUGCCCACAUUAUUUUGCUGAACUCCUAAUAUAUGUAUCCAUGGCCAUCACAUUUGGAUUUCAAAACUUAACCUGGUGGCUUGUAGUAAUGUAUGUGCUGUUUAACCAGGCAUUGGCUGCAGUUCUAUGCCAUGAGUUCUAUGUGAACAACUUCAGCUGCUACCCAACAUGUCGAAAAGCAUUUAUACCAUUUCUUUUUUAGAACCUUUAUUUUUGUUAAAUAUGUCUUUAAUGCAGCCUGUGAAAUGCUGUCUAAAAGGUAACGGAAGACUGAGGUUAUCAGGAGUAUGUGUAAUGCAACUGUCACAGAAGCUGUGGUGAAACAAUACUUACUGUCUGAUUCCAGCUCAAAGCUACACAGGAUUUUAGUGAAUACACAGAUUUUAUCAUUAAAUCAACAUGAAACUUUUAAAAAGUAUCUGCAGUAUGUACAACCUGAACUGUACAUGGUAUUAAAGACCUCAGUUAAAAUGCAAGAACUGCUGAUGUUUAACAUUUGUGUAUUGGACAUUCAUGUCUAAUAUUUAAACCACUUUCAUUGCUGCUAUGCAGCAAGCCAAAAUGUGUGCCUGUAUUUUAUAAGUAACCCACACGUGUAUGUAGGGAAGGGAAGUUGCUCAAAGUGAGGAGAAACUAUUGUAUUUCAAGUUUAACUAAUAUUUUAAAAGAAAACUAUACUCUUCCCCCACACACCCUGACCAUUAAGUCUAUUAAAAUAAGCUAACUGUUUAGGAAAAUGGUGCAUUGCCUCUAAAUAUUUUCCUAAAGAUAAUUUUGUGAGCAGUUGGUAUUCUUAGAGGAGAGUGAGUAUGGGAUUAAAUUCUAUAAAACUGUGGGGAGAAGAAACUAGGAUAUUUCGAAUAUAAGGAUAUGGGAUCCCCACUCAUGACUGUUUCAUUUUGCUAAUAUAUAUUUAUUUGUUUCAAUUCACAUCUUUCAGAAAUACCAAAUACAAGAAAAGGUUGAGAAACCUCUUUGAUGGGAAGGAUGGGUAUCCCACUGCCUGACUCUUCUUCUCAGAAGCUGGAAUAAAUCUACUUUUUAGGCAAUAAAAGUCAGUGGUCCUUAAAGAAUGUCAGCUUUUGCUAUAGACCGUUAUGUGGCAGCCUUAGAAAACUGUAUAGAACUCAGAUGCCUUCACCACAACGUGUAUUGAGAAUUGCGAUAGCCCAUUCUAUUAAGUUUGUGCAAAACUGUAGAGUGGGAGAAUUACAUAUGUUGGGUGAUAUAUAGACUUCAAAAAAAAAAAACAAGAGGUCACCUACCUUGUUCACUGUUGUUGCCAUACGGAGAACAGAACUUAAAGUAUGAUGCUACUCUAAAAAUGGCCAUCUGGUGUUUUAUAUUAAUUUUGUCUCAAAUAUUUCCACUUAAAUUUGCUUAGUUUUCAGAGAAGAUGAUACAUUUUCCAACUACCAAUCCUACAAACUCAUCCGGAGUUCUGACAGUCACAGCAGAUUCUCUCUAUCUCAUCCAUAAGGUUAACAUUCCAUCACAGGUAUUUUUAGUAAAAGUCAGGGACAGGUCACAGGCAAUAAACAAAAAUUAAUGGGACACCCACAACCUGUCCCUAACUUUUACUAAAAAUACCCUGGGGAAAGGGGAGUGGUAAAUAAAGCACUGUUGGGGGCUUGCAGCAGCUCCAGCCUGUAUCUUGGACAGUAAGAACAUCCACAGUUAUAUUGGGAUGUAAAAGGUGUUUUGUUUUUAAGUGUUAGAAUAGGUAUAAUAAACUGUCAUGAUACAGGACAUUCACCUACCUCUAAAUGAGAGGAAUUAAGAAGAAACUUUGCUUAUGAGUAAGUUAUUCCUCAUUGUCCAGUUCAGGGUUUCUUGCAGCUUCCUCUGAAGCAUCUGGUACUGGCAGGGACAACAGGAUACUGAAGUAGAUGAUCAGCUGGUCUGAUCUGGUAGUGGCAUUGGCAUUCUAUUUGAAUGUAUCUUUUUCAAAAUGUUUUGUAGUAAUAUCUGAAUAUGUAAUAAAUUCCUUGUAUAAAGUA